GUGGCCAUGUUUGUAAAGCAUGAAAUGAAGAAAUAUAGAUCCAAGAUGCCGUCUAAUUCUUUUGUGACAUUUGCAAUUAUUUUAAACAUAUCUGCUUCGAUUUCAAUUGUUUUACUGAACAAAUGGAUUUACACAGUUCACGGAUUUCCAAAUGUCAGCUUGACUUGUCUUCAUUUCAUCGUGACAACACUCGGACUUUACGUCUGUAAAAACCUCGACAUUUUCCAGCCUAAAAGUGUUCCUAUAUCUAAAAUGAUACCGCUAGCUCUGACAUUUUGUGGUUUUGUGGUGUUUACAAAUUUAUCCCUAGAGUCAAACACAGUUGGUACCUAUCAGCUGAUAAAGAUGUUGACGACGCCGUGUAUUAUGGUUAUACAGACACUGUUUUACAGUAAAUCCUUCUCCACUAGUAUCAGAUUAACAGUAGUUCCAAUAGCUCUAGGUGUCACUUUAUAUUCAUAUUAUGAUGUCAAGUUCAACUUGCUAGGGAUAUUCUAUGCUUCUAUAGGAGUGCUUGUUACAUCAUUAUACCAAGUGUGGGUGGGGGAGAAGCAACAUGAGCUUCAGAUCAACUCCAUGCAGCUCCUGUACUAUCAGGCUCCACUGUCGGCUUUCUUACUCAUGUUUGUGAUCCCCAUUAUAGACGGCCCUGUCUACAGUAUACACGGGGCCAUGGGACACUGGGAGAUCAGUACUCUGGGUGUGGUGUUUUUAUCUGGACUGAUUGCAUUCUGUGUGAAUCUGUCAAUAUUUUGGAUCAUUGGUAACACCUCUCCAAUGACAUACAACAUGGCUGGCCACCUUAAGUUUUGUGUUACCCUCUUAUUGGGCUGGUUCAUUUUCCAUGACUCGCUUACAUUUAUACAAAUGUCAGGAAUAGUUUUUACUCUAACAGGUGUCACGGCCUAUACACACCUGAAGCUGAAGGAACAGAAUCAAGUCUCGCCCCUGCCCUCGGUGGUCAGCAAGGCCUAGUGGUGGAGAAGUCCAUACACAGAUCUCCAGCAAAGUCCCAUUUACAAUGGAUGUACUGAUCACAGGAAAUUACAAGUAUUCUAUAUCAAGUUAGACUGUGCAAAUGCAUUUUAUUCUUUAGACUUCCAAAAUCUUCCAAAUCAAGAUUUUUUAAAUACUUAUUAAUAUGACACUGUGAAUGUGUUCAUGCUAGUUUAUCAGAACAUUUAGUAUCUUGUAUUUGUUAAUUGGCACAAUUGUUUAUGAUACUUUAUAAGAGCAACACUCUUGAGCAACAAUAUUCACCUGACCUCAACCUAUAUUUUAGUAAAAUUGUCACAGACACCUACAUAUAAAUUGACAGCAUAAUUUUCAAUGUCUUAAUACUGAAGGAACCCUACAGGAGAUUUGAAAUGUGAGAUAUUGUAGCUUGCUAAAUGAAGAAAAAGCUUCUGUUAUAUGACAGAAUACCUUCUGUUUGGUGCAUACAGUGUACUUUGUUUGUACUCAUAUGGUAUGUAAUGUAAUUUGUUUUAAUAUUACAUACACUUUGUAUUACUAUUUUGUAAAUUCAGUAAUUUUGUAUGUUUUUAAAUUCUACAAAACAUUUGCUUACUCACUAGAAAUCAAGUCAGCAUACAAAUGGUUAUAUAAUUCAUAGCUGAGAUAUAAAAGGCGAUCUUAAAAGAAUCUUAGAGAUGGGGAAAAUCAUGGCGUUAUUAUUUGAUAUAUCCCCAUUCUUAUGAAUAAAGACAUGAAUUCAAAACGUACUGAAUACUUUACAAAAGAAAAUAUAUGGCAUAAAAAAGUCAAGAUUACAUUUUCAUGAUUUUACCUUAGAAGCUAAACUUUACAGUUACUGUAUUAAAUAAAGAAGAGAGAUAGCUAACUAAAACUUCAAAGUUUUGCUUUUUAGAAAACAAGGGGGAAUAAAAUCUCAUUCAUAUGACAGUCUGUUUUUCGUGAAAAAUUAAUCUUGGUCAUAAUUUAAAAAAAAAAUCUAGGGCUUUCAUAUUUCACAUUUUACCUGUGACAAAACCUUUCCAAAUAUACCAUGACUUUUGACCUUGUGACCUUGACCUGACUAAACUGAAGUUCAACUUACUUUAAAUUUAAUCUUGGUUAUAACUUUUGAAUGAGAGAAGAGAUAGGACUUUCAUAU